AUGUUGCGCCAACUCUCCGACGUCUGCGACAUGGUGCAGCAGCAUGUGCAGCAGCAAUUGCUGCAGCAUGCCCCAACUGGACGCAUAUGCCACAUGCGCGACUUGUGGCUGCACGCCAGGCUGCAGAUACAGCACGAGGGCAACAGCUGCAGGAGCUGUGCACCAAAUUCCUCAAGCAGAUGCUGUACAUUUAUCGCGAGUGUCGUCUCCAGCUGCUGGACAUUGAGCAACUGCAUCGCCGGCUCAUCCGCAGCCGCAAUAGGGCUAACCCGUCGUUCUAUAUCCUUGGGCAAUCCCAUCUACUAUCUGGACAUGGUCAUGAUGAGCAAGCCAGCGGGUCGUGUGCUCAUCGAGGUGCGCAACGAUGUAGCACCGCGCAUGGCCGAGAAAUUUCGCGCCCUAAUCCUGCACGAGCGUGGCUUUAGCUAUAGGGGCUGCUCCGUAUUCCAGGCCUGGGGCGAGGAGAGCAUUAUCACUGACGACUUUCAGCUACACAAUGGGCGUGGCGCCUAUGCCGCCCUUGAGUAUUACACUGGGUUGCCCGCGAAGCGCGGCGCAGUGGGCAUGCGACAUGGACAGAAGUGUAGACUUGUGAACAGCCAGUUUCGCAUGGUGCUCUAUGAGAGGCUCCCCUUUGCGGCCAUAUUUGGCUUCGUUGUGGAUGGGAUCGAUGUGCUGGACAAGAUAGCCGGCACGAGCAAUCCAACUGGACGGUCCGCGAUGUGCACCUAUAUCAAGAAUUGUGGCGAGUAUCCCCGCAACGGGAUCUAA